GUUGUUUGGCACAACAGACGCGUGUAUCAAAAUGCCUUCGCCGAGUGCAUGAAAAAUGGGUUUCAGAUUCAGAUAUUCUUUAGUUCUCCUCCUCGGCUUGGUGGUCAGCCUCGCUCAAUGCAACAUUCGAGCUCCAUUUUUCAACACAGGAGAAAAUUUGAGCUUUAACGAGUGUGGCGUUCGGGAUGAAAAGACAAACCGCACCUCGUGGGUCGCAUUUUUGAAAAGUUCUGACGGGGUAUGCGAUGGCAUAGUCAUUUCUCGCCGGACCAUUCUAACACGCCAAUGCAGUCUCAGAAAGAGAGAUGUCCAAAAUAUGAUUGCUCUCGUUGGAGAUUGUUCUGAAAGAAACACCUUGGGCGACUGCAUUCUUGACGAGCUUGAGAUUAAAGAUAUGAUUGAAAUAAAAGUGGCAGAUCCAACUGGCGGGGCGAGAGAUAACAUCUCUCUCCAACUUUUCAUCUCAGAGAAAAUGCCCAAAAAUAUCCGGCCUAUUUGUUUGUUCAACCGCGGCCAGGAAAUGGACUUGGCAAACCUUGUUGAUUCACCGUACUUUAAAAUGCGAUGGAUUUUUGAUUUCAGUGAUGAAGAGGAUCUUUCUGAUUUGCGAGACGAGCUGGAGCCACUAAAUAUUGUGCCGCAUGAUAUUUGUUUCAAACAAAGCACAGAAUGGGAGCAACGUUUUGGGGACUUACUGCAUCAUUCUCAACGAUUUCUUUGUGUUGACGAUCCUGAGCAUUAUAAUGAUGGAGUUCUCGUGAAUUUUCAUAGCGGACGCUACUUUUUUCGGGGUUUUUCGGCACUUUCCAUCAGCGAAUCAGUGGAACAUGGCCUUUAUUUGGACAUUUUGCCACAAAUCGAUUGGAUCGGCCAACACGCGGAAGGAAUCUCUGUUUUACCCGCCAUCCCGCCAUCAAAACCGUGCAGAGGUUUCAAAAAUCCAAAUAAUCUGAGUUUCCGACACUGCGGGAAGAAACCGAAAAUCAGAAAGAAACGAGACGACGACUAUUCUAAUGAAGAUGAGGAUGUUGAUGCCAGUGGGUAUAUACUCAAUGGCUACAACGCUGAACACGAGCACCCGUGGCACGCUUACGUCGAAAACACUGCAACUGGCGACUUAUGUGGCGGAACCCUUAUCUCGAGGAGGACGGUUUUGACUGCUGCUCAUUGUAUUUAUGGACAGAGAGCAAACCAACUCAGAGUUUCUGUCGGAAUGUAUGACAAAAGAUUAAAAAAUGGUGCAACCGUGCAAAAGAGAAGACCCAGACGAAUUAUCUGUCACCCUGGCUACAAAGAUAAACAGUUUAAACACGAUGUUGGCCUGAUGAUUUUUGAUAAAAAUUUUAUCUUGAACAAAAAGGUCCGUCUGAUUUGUCUGUGGAACGAGGACUCGAGUUUGAGCCUCGUCGCUAAACGUCUCGGCGUGGUGGUUGGAUACGGUUUAAAUGAGAACGACAAUGUGCCCAAGAAGUUGCAGGAGGCUCAGCUGCCAAUUAGAUCGCACAAAGAGUGUUACAAGCAGCACCGAAAAUUCUUCGCAAAAUAUUUGUACCCCGGAGACAAUUUCUGCGCCGGCUACUCGAACGGAACAGGCACAUGCAAAGGGGACAGUGGCGGCAGUCUCGCCGUGGAAAAGAACGGCCGGUGGUUUGUUAGAGGAAUUGUCAGCUUCGGAGUUACUAAAAUGGUCAUGGUUGAUAACGAAACAGAAUCGUUUUGUAUGCCAAACAGAUACUCGUUGUUUGUUGAUGUUGCUAGUUACAUUGAUUGGAUUGUGGAAAACACUCCUGACGUCUCUUUCAAGGACUGAAAUUGAUGUUGGCCGUGUUCUUUUCUCUUUUUAGAAAAUAAAUUUCAAUUUAGUUCAGCUAUUCUAUUAACUUCAGUAACGUAAUUAUGGCCAAUUUCGCGAUUGAAAGUCUUUUUCUCUCUGUUAGAGUCUCUCUGAAUAAUAAACCAAACAACCUAAUUUCUAAGCCCAAA